GCUGCAAUUCACGCUUUGUGCGGUGCAAGUGACGGUCGAAACACCCUUACUCUUAAAGGAUUCGCCUUCUUCCUCUCAAUUAACCCAAAUUUUCCAGGUCUGCACUCUUCAUUCUUCAACCAUCAUCAUCAUCUUAUUUAUUUCAUCACUGCAUUUCCAGCCCCAAUUUCCUCCCCAAACUCCGCACCACUGAUCCGUGCACGUCACGUUCCCCAUUCACCAUGGCUCCUCCUGUUUCCUCCUCUGAGCGGGUGGACUUGGCCAGGCUCUGCGCCUCCAAGGACUGGUCCAAGGCCAUUCGAAUCCUGGAUUCCCUCAUUUCUCACUCCGCCACAGUCCAAGACCUAUGCAACCGCGCCUUCUGUUACAGCAAAUUGGAGCUUCACAAGCACGUCAUCAAGGAUUGCGAUAGAGCACUUCAGCUUGACCCCUCGCUACUUCGAGCUUACAUUCUCAAAGGUUCUGCACUCUGUGUGUUGGGAAGGAAAGAAAAUGCUCUAUUGGUGUGGGAGCAGGGCUAUGGACAUGGUCUGCAUCAGUCUGCUGACUUGAAACAGAUGCUAGAACUUGAAGAGCUUAUAGCAACAGCAAGACAAGAAAAGAAUGCACUGUGUGAAAGGGAAACACACGGGCAAUUCAUGCUGCAAACCAAGUCCAGUUCUCCAAUUGAUGGGAACUCAAGUGAAGCUUUUAAGAUCCAGGAUACAUUGGGCACUAUGGCUGAAUUAUGCAACAAUGCUACCAGUGAUAGAUCUGAGAUAUGCCUGAAGUCUGCUGAUAGUUUCAACUUAAAAAGUGAAUCACCUGAUGAAGAUAGAGAGUGUAAUAAAUGCGAUGGCCAAGUGAAUGGAAGCCCUGAUGUUCUUGAUACACUUAGUUAUAAUUCUGAAUCAUGUAAUGACUCUAGUGAUGCUUCAGAAUCAAGUGAAAAAGUAUCUACCAAAAGUGGUGACUCAGUUAAUGUCACUGAAAUUUUUAGAAACCCAGUUAGUAAGUUUAUGUUUUCUGAUGAAAGAAAAGGUGAAGCAAGGAAAAAUAAGAAGUUUUGCGUUGCUCGGAUUUCAAAUACAAAUUCCAUUAGUGUAGAUUUUCGACUCUCAAGGGGUAUAGCAGAGGUUAAUGAAGGAAAAUAUGCAAAUGCAAUAUCCAUUUUUGACCAGAUACUGAAAAAGGACCCUGCUUAUCCCGAGGCACUAAUAGGAAGAGGUACUGCAUAUGCAUUCCAGAGGGAACUUGAUGCUGCUAUAGUUGAUUUUACAAAGGCUAUACAAUUCAAUCCAUCGGCUGGUGAGGCAUGGAAAAGGAGAGGUCAGGCCAGGGCAGCCUUGGGAGAGUUUGUUGAGGCUAUUGAAGACUUGACCAAGGCGUUAGAGUUUGAACCUGACACAGCAGAUAUUCUACAUGAAAGAGGAAUUGUAAAUUUCAAAUUUAAAGAGUUUGAUGCAGCUGUUGAAGACCUUUCAGCUUGUGUGAAGCUAGAUAAGGAUAAUACAUCUGCCCACACAUACUUGGGUUUAGCAUUAUCUUCAAUUGGCGAAUAUAAGAAAGCUGAGGAAGCUCAUCUUAAGUCACUUCAACUCGACAAAAAUUUCCUUGAAGCAUGGGCUCAUCUGACUCAGUUCUAUCAAGAUUUAGCAAUGCCAACCAAAGCUCAGGAAUGUCUAAGUAAUAUGCUACAGAUUGAUGUGAGGUUUGCAAGAGCUUACCAUUUGCGUGGCCUUCUAUUCCAUGCAAUGGGUGAACACAGGAAGGCUAUCAAGGAUUUGACAAUGGGGUUGAGCAUUGAUGGCAGCAAUGUCGAAUGUUUGUAUUUACGAGGUUCCUGCUACCAUGCUGUUGGACAAUUCAAAGAAGCUGUCAAGGAUUAUGAUGCUGCGUUGGAUUUGGAACUGGAUUCAAUGGACAAGUUUGUGCUCCAGUGCCUUGCCUUUUAUCAGAAAGAGAUUGCGCUGUACACAGCCUCAAAAUUUAAUAGUGAUUUUUGCUGGUUCGAUAUUGAUGGGGACAUUGAUGCACUUUUUAAGGAAUACUGGUGCAAGAAAUUGCACCCAAAGAAUGUAUGUGAAAAAGUUUUUAGGCAACCUCCUUUACGCGAGUCUUUAAGAAAGGGAAAGCUUAAAAAGCAAGAGUUUACCAUUACCAAGCAGAAGGCUGCUCUUCUACUUGCUUCAGAUUCCAUUGGCAUGAAAAUCCAGUAUGCUUGUCCGGGAUUUCUGCCUAAUAGACGUCAGCAUCGUAUGGCUGGACUUGCCGCCAUUGAAAUUGCACAAAAGGUCUCCAAAGCUUGGCGUUCCCUGCGUGCUGAAUGGAAAUACUCAAAUAAAGGAAACUCAAAGAAUGGGAAAAGGGCCAGGAGAAGGGAAAGAAUUAACAUGACCAGUCAAAAUAGAGGAGGUGCUGGUUGUAGUACAAGCAGUACCUCAUUAACAUCUUCAAAUGGAAUUGUAGAUGAAAGAUCAUCCAGCCGAAAAUUGUCAUGGCACGAUGUUUACUCAUUAGCUGUUAGGUGGAGACAGAUUUCUGAGCCUUGUGACCCUGUUGUAUGGGUGAACAAGUUAAGGUAUCCCUUCUUUGUGCUAACUAUUUUAUUAGCGCACAUUAAUAUAAUUGCUGCUGAUGUUUUAAAUACUGUAGUCCUAGAGGAAUGACUAAACUAUCAUCUUUUAUAGCCAACUAACUUUACAGAAAUUCUAUAUAUUUUCAAACUUCCACCCUAAUUGUAAGUUAAUACUGCUAAUGUAAAAUUGUAAAUAUUUGUAAGGUCAUGUUCAUAUUUUAAACCCAACUCCACAGACUUGAGGUAGUAUUCUUACAUCACAUGUUUUCAGUGUAGACAACUCCUGCUCCUAUAUAAAAUUAAUAGCAAACAAUUGAAAAAAAGACUAUAACAUGACUGGGGAAGGAAGAGAAGGAGGGUGUGUAAAUUUACGGUAAACCAAAUUAAUCUCAGACAUAAGUUAACAAAAUUUUAUGCAUACUAGAUUGCCGGUAAUUCUUAACCUUUACUGAUUUUAGUCUGAAAUGGGUAAAGUGAAAGUGUGGAGUUCCUCCUCUUACAGGAUGACGAACCAUAACCUCUUUGAUACUAAGCAGUGGACAUGUCUCCCUACCUCAAAGUGAGGAUGAUUUUUAUAAAAGAAUUUGGUUAUCUGGAUUUUUUGUUUG